ACAGAGGAGGCUGCUCUCAAAAACAUCCUAGAGCAGCUCCAGGGCCAAGAAUAGGAUGAGGCCCAGCAGCUCAUGUUCCUGCACACCAUCCACCCCGCGUGUCUCGCUGCACAGCAGAGAGGGCAGGACACACUGGAGCCGCACUGCUGCAAGGCGGCUGUGGUGGAGAGGAUUCUGGAGCUCAUUGAGGAGCUUCCUGAUGAUUCUCCACCCAGCGCCGUCCUGGCCAACUCCCUGAUUGCUGUGGGCAACCUCAGCACCAUGACACCUGCCCUUGAGCCAGAGCUGGAGACCCACCUCCUUCGAGCUGCCCUGCAUGCAGUCUUCACUCUGGGCACAGAGAAGGACACCACCCAAGUCCAGGAUCUGCAUAGGGUCUUGCCAGACCUCCUGGAUGCCAUGCUGGGGAACCCGCUGGCAGAGUCCCCAGACACCAACAGGCUCCACUACAUCUUGGAGAACUCAGUCAAAUUCCCCAGGAUGGGUCACUAUGUGGCACAGCUGGCUCUGUUCAUCGGUGACCCAGCCAAGGACAUCACCUGGCAGGCCAAGGAGGCGGUUUAG